GUUAUAAAGGGGUGCUUGUCUCAGUAUUGGAUUGGUGUGGAAAAUAAGCGCUUUGCACUGGAUAGCGAUGGCGUCCAUGGGAUUACAGAUUCUGGGCAUCACGCUUGCUGCCAUAGGCUGGCUCGGCGACAUCACCAUUUGCCUCCUUCCGAUGUGGAAGGUAACGGCGUUUGUCGGCAAUAACAUCGUAACGGCUCAGAUAAUCUGGGAGGGCUUGUGGAUGAGCUGCGUGGUCCAGAGCACUGGGCAGAUGCAGUGCAAGGUGUACGACUCCAUGCUGGCGCUACCGCAGGACCUACAGGUGGCUCGGGCCCUGGUGGUCAUCUCCGUGCUGAUGGCACUCUUCGGCAUCUUGCUGUCGGUCCCCGGGGGAAAGUGCACCAACUGCAUAGAAGACGAGUCCGCCAAGUUCAAAGUUGCGAUCAUCGCGGGAGCUUUCUUCAUCGUCAGUGGUGCCCUGUCUCUCGUCACUGUGUGCUGGUCUGCGAACACCAUCAUCAGAGACUUUUACAACCCUCUGCUACCGGACGCACAGCGACGGGAACUUGGCGGAAUGCUUUAUAUCGGCUGGGGGGCGGCGGGUCUCCUGAUUCUCGGUGGAGCGCUACUUUGCUGCAGCUGCCCCCCCAAGGAAGGCCGUCCGUACACUGCGAAAUACUCUCCCGCUAAAUCUGCUAGUUCAGGAAAGGACUAUGUAUAAAUUGCCGAUAUAUAUAUAUUUUUUCUUUUUUUUAAAUAAAAAUUAAAGUUCUUAAACGAUGACUGAUCAUUAUUGAAGAACUACUAUGUUGUAUGUGUAGUAUUUUGUAUGCUCCUAAUUGUAUUUGUUUUUACAUGGAGUACCACGGCUUCAGUGGCCCGCUCCGAAAUAGUUAUCUUAUGUAAGGAGCACAUGUAGGGACGGGAAGAUUCACCGAUAUGCAUUGGUGUACUAGCAUAAAAGUUUACUAUGCGAUUGUCUCGAUUUAAAAAGUGUGCGCCGGACACAGAAUUAGGAUGAAUUCGGGAUUGCAUCAGUAAAAUGUGGUUUAUUAAUAUAUAAUAAUUAGUAGAGGCCAUAAGCCUUUAUUAUUUAGAAAUGUGACCAAUAAUUUUGAUCAAUAAUAUUAUAUUUAGAUUGUUUCCCCCUCGUUAAACCUUUUCUAUAUUUCUAUCAUAUUGAAUGGCAUAGCAUCACAUUGUUUUGCAUCGUGCUGAAUCACAUUGUGUCAAAUCGCACUGCAGCGCAAUAGAGGUGAAUCAUAUCGUAUCGCAUUAGUAGUUGCUUCAUGUUUAUAUCUUUAAUGUAUCGGACAACACAUCGAGAUGUGUAUCACAUGGAGAUACACAUCCCUAAGCAUAAUACUAUGUACAGUCUGGUCUAACAGCUACUAACAACCCAUUUUUGUUUUUGGAGCUAAAUUCUAACACCAUUCAAUUAA